UCACUCUCUUUCUUUCACCAUUUCCGUAGCUCCUCAUUUGGGACGCCAUUUGUCACGUGCGUUUCUGCCUAACGACGUCUCUCGCUGGCGUCUCGGCUGCAACUGGUCUAUCUUGGACCGCGCUUCUUUCGACCUGCCAUUUCCAUGCGAGCGUGGCUGCAGUUUCGUUACCGCUGACAGCAACCUCCCGCGCGCCUACGUCUACGCAAGUGACUCGGAUAAGUCAAGCUUUGGGGCGCUUCAAAACUACGAAUAAGUCACUUGAAGCCAUGGGCCCGAUUCGAAUAAGACGCUUGACGUCGCCGUCGCUCGCAACGCUUUGCUCUAGAACCUCCUCCACUUCAGCUCGCCAUACCCCGACCCGCCAUAACCCAACCCUCCACAGCCCAGGCCGCCAACACCGACCGCACUCUCCGCUUCUCCUCCUCCUCCUCCCGCUCCUGCUCGCCGCCGCCUGCUCGCUCCCCCCCUGCUCCGCCGCCAAGCCCGCUCCCGCCGCCGCGAAGCCCCCCGCUCCGCCCUCUCCGCCCAUUCCGCGCCCGACCCUUUCGGCAACGCGGAGGUGCUGGGCUUCCCCAAGCCGCCCAACAUCAUCUCCGACGGCACACCGGCAGCCACCGUCCGUCAACGUCCCGCUGACGGUAACGAUGACGGAAUUCGUCAGGAGCUCCUUUCCGUCAACCAGCCGACACCCACCGUCUCCGUUCUCACCGUCACCAUCCUGACGGUGCUAAUGGCGGCAGCGACGGGCCUGGGCUCUCUGCCGUUCUUUUUUAUGGAGAUGGAGGAAGAGUGGGCCGGCGUGUGUAACGGCGUGGCUUGCGGCGUCAUGAUGGCCGCUAGCUUCGACUUAGUCUCCGAGGGACGGCUGCACGACAGCGGAUCUGGCGGCGCGUGCGUGGUGGUGGGGAUUAUUCUGGGCGGGCUGUUUAUCGUUGUGAGUCAGCGGAUUCUGGAGCAGUUUGGCGAUGUUAAAAUGAUGGACUUAAAGGGCGCAUCCGCUAACCGCGUUGUUCUCAUCCUCGUUAUAAUGACCCUCCACUCCUUCGGCGAAGGCUCGGGCGUCGGCGUCUCCUUCGCCGGCCCUCGCGGGCUGUCGCAGGGGCUGCUGGUAACCAUCGCCAUUGCCGUGCACAACGUCCCGGAGGGCCUCGCGAUGACGCUCGUGAUGGUCGCACGCGGCGUGCGACCGCGCAACGCCAUGCUGUGGAGCGUCUUCACGAGCCUCCCGCAGCCGCUAGUCGCCGUCCCCGCGUUCCUCGGCGCCAACACCUUCACGCAAUUCCUACCCCUCUGCAUGGGCUUCGCGGCGGGCUGCAUGAUAUGGAUCGUCUUCGGGGAGGUCCUCCCGGAGUGCAUCAAAGAGGGCGCCAACUCCUCUCACGUGGCCUCCGCUGCGACGCUCUCCGUCGCUUUCAUGGAGGCGCUCGGCGCGUUUCUAGAAGGCGCGGACUCCCCUGCCAGCUGGCACCGCCUGGUUCCCAUCGCCUGGGCGCUGCUGUUCUUUCUGGGCCCUCUGUUCGGCUCCAUCCUCCCCCUCCUCCUGUCCCACUCUCUUCCCGCCCCGUCUCGCCCCCUCUGCUCUCUGGCUUGGCGGGGGGUCGCUUUUAGGCCUGGCGCUGUGGCAGCCGGUGCAGCUGCUGGUGACGGGGCAGAUGGAGUUACUCCCCCUGCUGUCGGUGUUCUAUGUCGGCUGUGUGCUGCACUAUUUCUGUGCUUCCAUGGGGGGAGUCUGGCUCCUGGGAGUGUGUUAGGGGCGCAGCAGAAGGUCCAUGGCGGUUUCAGUGACGUGCAGUGUAGUCAAGGGAUGCAGCAGCGGGCUGGGGAAGCGGAAGAGAUGGAGGUUCUCCGAGCGUGGAAGCCGAGCCUGCAGCUCAGCUACGGUAUCCGAGCCUCGGUGCUGGUCUGCAUUGCUGUGUCUGGGCAUGCUUUUGCCGAGGGGCUCCUGCUGGGGCAAAAAGCAGCACCAGGAGGGGGUAGGGGGGAUAGAGGAGGAAGAGGAGGAGGGGAGUAGGGGAGAUUGGGAUGCGCAUGCUGCUUCCCGCAGCCAUUCAUGGCGUGCCACGUGGCGUAGCUGCAGCAGCCGCUGCGCUGGGUUCAUUCUCCAUCACUCGAUCCACUCCAGAGGUCCCCCUAGCCGCAGUCCCCCUAGCACUCGCAUCUGCUGCUGCAGCCGGGCUGGCUGGGCCCAUCGGUGCUGUGGCCUCUUUCCUCUUCUUCCAUAGCUUCGGGGCUGGGUUGCUGAACUGGCUUGUGCUGGCUUGUGGCUUGCUGGCCCCUGCAGGGCUAGAUCAGCUGCUGCCUAGAGGCCUGUGGGUUGCUGGAGGGAGAGGAGGUGUAGGUGGAAAGGGAGGAGGGGAAUGGGGAUGGAGUGUUUUGGAUAGGCGACGAGUGGCUUUGGGGGGGUCUUGGGGUUGGUGCUCGUGGUGGCGAGCCUGAUGGGGAAGAGGUCGAUAUGUGCGCAUACAAGUUACUGUAAUGCGGCUCCUGCAGCGUUGACAUGAGUUGGUGCAGAGACUCAUGCCAUGGCUGUUGUUGACAUGUCCCCAAGCACCUCCCUGCCCCGGCUGAUCAUUGCUGUAGAUUGUGCUACCCGGUUCUGCAUAGUAGGUGUCAGCUUGUUGUUUAUAUGGCUUGUUAAUACAAAAUAGUUUAAUGAGGCUAA